CUUCCUGUUCCUGAUCACAGAGGAAGUCGUGUUUCUGUCCGGCACCGGUUCUUCCCGUCUGUCAGCGAAGGCUUCACUGCCUCAGUUCUGAUCAUGUUCUGGGUCAGAGACUGGACCAGGCUGAGGAGAGAACCGGUUCUGGUCCUCAGCAGAAGAACCGGGUCGGUGUAGAUGAUGUCACUGUUUGGAUAGUCAGCUCCUGAUUGGUUCAGGUCCAGUUUACACUGCGAGCAGAACUGUGGUUUUUAACUCCAGAACCUCCAGAACCUUUCCAGUCCAGUGACAUCCUCCAGAAAUCCUGAUGGACCAGAACCGUUUUCCCUCACACCUGAGGGACGACUCGUCCCCUGGGACACCUGUCCUCUGGUCCAGGUCCACCUGUCCUCUGACUGACUCUAGUUUCCAUUGUUUUGACUGUCUCAGGUGUUAAGCGUUAAGCCCCGCCCCCUUAACACAUGUGGGUUUUUCCCAGCCAGACCCUGAAGGCAGCACGAUGGAAACAUGAAGCAGGCUCUCACCUGGCUGGGCCUUGCAGGAACAAUAGGCCCCGCCCUCCUCACCUGCUCAGGUGUGUCAGUGUUAGCGGUCGGGCCGGUUCCUGCUGAGCAAGAGAAGCUUCUCACCUGGAGAACCGGACCGGGUCGGUUCCACAGAACCAUCAGGUCAGAAGUGAGUCCUGGUACCGGUGGUGCUGUGGACCGCAUGUGGGUCACCUGUUAAUCUGGGGACAAAUGUCCUUGAUGGAAGCUGGAUCGGGUCGGGUCGGUCAGUGAGCUGGGUUACCGGGUCCGAUCCAGUCCAGUCCGGGCGGCUGAGGAAACCCCGUGGCCCGGCAGCAUCCAGGACAUGGAGCUGAGGGAGGAGUGGCUGGACGACGGCUUCCCCAGGCCGCUCCUAGAGGAUACCGAGGGUCCAGCAGGAGGCGCCGCAGACUCAGCCCCGCCCACCAGCCUGGUCCCGUCGGGCGGGGGCGGGGCCAGGAAGCGGCUGACGGCGCCGGCCCUCAGCGACCCGAACAGCGACAGCUUCUCGGCGGCGGCACUGUCCGGGACGCCGGACGACUCGCUGUCACUGGACAUCAAGGUGGAGGACCUGGAGACGCCGUCUGGCAGCGAGUCGGGGACGCUGCCGGACGGCGUGCACGACCUGGAGUGGGAAGACGACCUGCCCGAGAUGGGGAGGGGGCGGUCCGUGGGCGCGGCGGAGCCCAGCGAGGGUCUGAUGGAGUUGGACCAGGUGGACCAACAUGGCCGCCGGUGGAGGCGGUUCUCCAUAUCCGGACAAGAGUACCAGGUCAACAUGAGCGUCCUGGAGCCAUACCUGCAGGUCCUGUCACAUGGAGGUUACUACGGAGACGGGAUGAACGCCAUAAUUCUGUUUACUUCCUGUUACCUGCCAGAGAACACAGUGGAGGACUAUGAGUACGUCAUGGAGAACCUGUUCAGGUACAUCGUGGGAACGCUGGACCUGAUGGUUUCAGAGAACUACCUGCUGGUCUACCUGUGCGCCAUGGCUCCCAGGAACAAGCUGCCAGCCAUCAAGUGGCUCCACCAGUGCUACACCUCCAUCGACAGGAGGUUGAAGAAGGACCUGAAGGGCCUGCUGGUGGUGCAUCCGGCCUGGUACAUCAAGGCUCUGAUCACACUGGUCAAACCCUUCAUCAGUGACAAAUUUAGCAGGAAGAUUCGCUUCGUUCAGAACCUGGAGCAGCUGUCGCAGUUCGUCCCCACAGACAGGCUGCAGAUCCCAGAGGCAAUCCGACAGUACGAUGAGAAGCUGAGAAGAUGAUGACCUCAGAUGACCUCUGACGGAUCAGACCGGGUGAAUGUGGAGGCCGAAGCCUGACCCUGCUGACCUUUGACCUGCUGGUUGUACAGACCUUCAGACUGUGGUUUAUUUAUGCUGCUUUGUUUAUGUUGGGAGUUUUUAAGGAACUCUUCCUGGGUCGGUUUUCCGGCUCAUCUCCAUGGAAUUGUGUCCAGGGCUGAUCUUCAUCAGCAGCUCCUCCUCCUCCUUCACUGCCUUCUCUCUACCUGACACCAACUUACUGUUUCCAUGGCAACGUUUGGUCUCAGCACCACCCAUAAAUCGUAGCAGCGCCAACAUGUGUAAUCUGGUUGAUGUGGUUGGUUCUGGUCUGGGUGUAGAUUGGGUUUCAUGAUGCAGGGGGCGGGGCAUCUGUGUAGGAGGUUCCUGAUUGGUUGUUCACCUGCUGCAGUAAUAAAAUAUUUUCAAGAUGC